AUGCGAACCAUGCAGACGCAAAAAGGCAAAAUGUCCUGGUCACUGCCGCAUGCUACUCCAGACGGAUCACCCUCCGUCGCUACUUUUACUGCUGCUGAUGCCCCGGAAGUGCGAAUUAGUCGAACAUUGGAGGAUCGUCUCGGGAGCCUGGAGUCGAAGAUGGGUAAAGUUCUUGAUGCUCUAGAACGAAAUAGCUCGAGGGACGAACAACAGAGGACGAACGACUUGUCUCUUCGACCGAGUACUUUGAGGGGCCCUAUCACCUCAUCGAUGAUCAGUGCCAUUACUCCACUUCCGACCUGGGAGAAAGUGCUCGCAGUGGCAGAAUUGUAUCUACUAUACUGCGAGUCCCAGCCUCUUCCUCUUUUCCACAGAGACAGUUUCCUUAGCAGCCUCAGCACUCGAGAUCCCGAAAUCCUCUACGCUAUACUCGCAUUGAGUAUACGAUUCUCUGACGAAGACUGCCAGGGUUUGAAUGAUCUUGCAACUCUUGUGAGCGGCUACACAGAGGUAGCCAGAGGACUGGUCAUGAGGAGGGUUUCAGAGGGCCCGGUUGAAUUAUCUACCCUACAGUGUCUCUGCCUUCUAAGUUUGAUCGACUUUACCAACGGCAACACACAUCGCUCGAGCAUUCACAGUAGCCUUGCGAUGAACUUGGCCCAAUGUGCCAAUCUGGGCUCCGAAACGCACGCUACGUUGUCCGCGGUGGUCCGCGAAGAGCGGCGACGCUGCUUUUGGAGCAUCUGCCUUUUGAAGCGCUUUCAUGGUGUUGAAUUUGACAGCAUGGGGUUCCCUGAUGGGAGCUUUCCCCCGUUCCCACAAAGCCCUGAGCGCCCUCAUUCGCCGUUCUCGCCGAGCAGUGCAACUGAUGAGGCUCGGUCUACUGGUAUGGAAGACCAGGGGAUCAUUGCGUAUGUGAUCAUUCUAAGCGAGGUCUUCGCCAAAACCACGAGAUAUGUUCGUCGCCACGGCCGGCCGAGCAGUGUCCCACCGUGGUCCUCACAAUCAGAGUACUCCAAAAUUAUCACGCUGCAAAUGGACCUGGAAACACGAAUGCCUUACAUCCAUCGAUUCAAACCGGCCAAUCUCAGCGAGAGGACAGCUGAGGAGCUUCAAGCCAACCGAGGAUACUGGGGUCCGUGGUUCCUGAACCAAUUUCUCUAUCAUACAAACCUCUGUCUCCUCAAUCAUCCGCUUCUGCUGUCUCUGAGCCUGAGGAACUUCCGGAACUCUAUUCCAGAGAUAUUCUUGCAACACACUUCGGACCUUAUAUCUUCACAUACCACCUGGAUCAUUCAUUUCAUAAACUACUUUGAAGAGAAAAACUUCAUCGUGUCAGAUCCACUGCUAGGGUACAGCGCCGCUGUGGUGGCGACCAUCGAGCUACAGUUGAGUUUUACUGAAGAUAAAACCAUCCGACAAGAGAAGCGCGAUCGCUUUUAUAGAUGUGUCAAGUUCGUGGAAACCAUUGGGCAGAGGUGGCCUCACAUGGCGCAACUGGCGGAUAAAUUACAACGACUGGAAGGCGCUGUUUCAGCUACUUAUCAACCUGAGCCACGGGCUCAGAAUAAGAGCCUACUGAUAGACCUGUCCCGAUUUUGGGAAAUCCUCGAAUAUUCGUUUAACAGGGAUACGGGCUCUGCUCGUCGCUUGUUCGGCGAUUCGUUAUACAGUGAACCGCCUACCAUUGACACGGAAGUAUCGCAGACGUCUCCUCUACCCGAACCCACUCGCCUAAAUUCGCACUCCGAACAAUCACAUCCAGGGUCACGAAUGUCUGAAUAUGGCUUUCAACCUGCACUUCCGGUUGGGUCACACUAUGCCAUGGGCUCGGCAAUUUCCCCGCGCCAACCAGAUUUCUUCAACGAUGAGCUAUCUAUCUUGGCCACAAACUUCUUCUCCCAGGGACAAGAGUUCUUGCGUGGCAGCGAUAAUAGAGAAGGAAUUGGGAAUUUUUGA